GCACUUUUCUUGAUAAAGCCCAUCUAAGGUAAAAUUCCAAAGCAAAAAACAAAGACAGAGUUAUGGGUUUUGUUACUUUUGUAUUGGGUUCCCCCACAUGUCAUUUUAGAGAGAGAAAAUACCCAAGAAAGUGAUGGUUUUUAGAGAGAGAUAAAUUGAAUGUUUGGAAGGGAAAGAGGCAUUGCCUUUUUGGACUUUUAUGUAUGUAUUUAGACUGAAACGGUAAGGUUUUGGAUUGUGAUUGUUAGAAGCUUUUGGUCUUUUGGAAGCUAAUUCGUGUUGGUAUUAGGGUUCUUGAAGGCCAAAGCUCUUUUGGGUCCAAUAUAUUUUUGUUGGAUUUAAUGCAGUCUGAAUGCAGAUUUGGAGACCCUUUUGCUUCAUUUUUAAUGGGUCUGAGGCAAUGAGUUUAGUUAUUGACCAAAUCUGCAGUUCUUGAAAUGGGUAAAGCUCAGUUUUUUGCUGUAAAGACUGAAGCUUGAAAGAGUAACUGGUCUUCUCUUGAGCUACGUUGUCAGCUGAAAUGGUAAUGCAUGCUCAGAGGAUGCUGCCUUUUGUAUUGUUAGAUCUGUGUAAGUUGCUUAGCUUUUGUGAGUUUUCUUUUACGGUCAGUUGUUAGUCUGCAUUGGUUACUCUCGCUGUAAAGUGUAGUAAUUUAGAUAUCGUCUAUUUGGUGCUCUGUUUUUCAUCUUCUGUUGUAGAUUCAGUACAGAGCACUGGAGGUUUUGGUUUCAUUUUGUGUUUUUUUGGUUAUUCUUCUGCCGCAUAAAAGGACUAUCUACUAUUGAGGAUAGUAAAGGCUGAUUUUUGUGUGAAAGUUGUGGGGUUGAAUUGUUUGGAAGCACAUGGUGUUUUUGGUAUCUGUCUAUUUGGUUUCUUUGAGCAAGUUUAUGGCUAAUAUUUUUGCAUGAACCAGUUGGUUGGUAUCUUUUAUUGGACAAGUUUAGAUUGGAAAGUUGAGCUGAGCUUUGUUUGAGGGUAAUAUGAAGCUAAUUGGUAUUUUGGCAUUAGCAUGUUGUUUUUUCUGUGCCUUGGGGCAACUUCCUUCCCAGGACAUACUGACAUUGCUUGAAUUCAAGAAGGGAAUCAAGCAUGACCCAACUGGUUAUGUGCUCCAGUCGUGGAAUGAGGAGUCGAUCGACUUCAAUGGAUGUCCCUCCUCUUGGAACGGUAUAAUGUGUAAUGGUGGUAGUGUUGCAGCUGUUGUCCUCGACAACCUCGGUUUGUUGGCCGAUGCAGACUUGAGCGUAUUUUCUAAUCUUACGAUGCUUGUGAAACUUUCAAUGUCAAACAAUUCUAUUUCUGGGAAAUUGCCCAACAAUGUUGGUGAUUUCAAAAGCCUUGAGUAUCUGGAUUUAUCAGACAACCUGUUCUUUUCGACCUUGCCACCUGGUAUUGGUAAUUUAGGGAGAUUGAAAAAUCUUUCAUUAGCCGGGAACAACUUUUCUGGCUCAAUUCCAGAUGCCAUUUCAGGACUUGGGUCAAUUCAGUCUUUGGACUUAAGUGACAACUCCUUUUCUGGUGAAGUGCCCUCGUCUUUCAUGAAAUUGACGAAUUUGGUAUCUCUCAAUUUGUCCCUUAAUGGGUUUAUAAAGAAAAUACCGAAAGGGUUUGAGCUGAUGGCAAACCUUCAGGUGCUUGACUUGCAUGGGAAUAUGCUCGAUGGUAAUUUAGAUUCAGAAUUCUUGUUGCUCACUACUGCAACUCACGUUGAUUUUAGUGGGAAUUUGCUUGCCAGUUCUUCUCAGCAGCAAAAAUUCCUACCAGGCAUUUCUGAGACUGUCAAGUAUUUAAACCUUAGCCACAAUCAGCUGACAGGAUCACUUGUAGAUGAGGCACAGAUAUUUGGGAACUUGAAGGUUUUGGAUUUGAGCUAUAAUCAGCUGUAUGGAGACUUGCCUGGCUUCACUUUUGUAUAUGACCUUGAGGUUCUUAAACUCAGUAACAACAGAUUCUCUGGCUUUAUUCCUAAUGACCUUUUGAAAAGUGGUUCUCUGGUUCUAACUGAGUUGGAUUUGAGUGGCAACAACCUGACAGGUCCAGUCAGUAUGAUAACAUCAACCACAUUGCAAACACUUAACCUCUCCUCCAAUGCCCUUUCUGGUGAACUUCCCCUGGUGACAGGAAGUUGUGUGAUUAUUGAUUUAUCCAGCAACCAAUUCGAAGGAAAUUUGACUAGAAUGCUGAAAUGGGGUAAUCUUGAAAUUAUAGAUCUGAGCCAAAAUAGAUUGACUGGACCUAUCCCUGAGGCAACGGCCCAAUUUUUGCGCUUGAAUUACCUUAACGUGUCUCAUAAUUUGUUGAAUGGCUCCCUCCCAAAAGUCUUGACUCAGUUUCCUAAAAUUGGCACCCUUGAUCUCAGUUUUAACCUAUUGAAUGGACCUCUUCUAAGCAGCCUAUUGACUGUUCCUACUCUUCAAGAACUUCAUCUACAGAGAAACACUCUGAGCGGAAGUAUAGAUUUCUUCCCUCCUUCAUCAAAUGAAUCAAAUCUCCGAAUUCUUGAUCUUUCUCAUAAUCAAGUCAGUGGCAACUUUCCUGAUGGACUUGGAUCUCUGUCUAGACUUCAAGGUCUCAAUGUUGCCGGGAAUAAUCUUUCUGGUUCCCUUCCAGCUUCUGUUGGUGACAUCAAAUCCCUAGAUUCACUGGACAUUUCACAAAAUCAUUUUACGGGUCCACUACCAAAGAAUUUGCCUGACAGUCUUCAAAGCUUUAAUGCAUCUCUCAAUGAUCUUUCUGGGGUUGUCCCUGAAAAUUUGAGAAAAUUUCCUUUGUCUUCUUUCUACCCUGGGAAUUCAGAAUUACAAUUUCCAAAUCCUCCUACUGGAUCAAACCAGGUUCCAGCUGAAAAUUACAGAAAGGGACAUUUUAAACCUAUUGUCAAAGUGGUAAUAAUAAUUGCCUGUGUGAUUGCUUUGGUCAUCAUCAUCCUCCUUGCCAUUUUCCUUCAUUACAUUCGCAUGUCAAGGAGGCCUCUGCCAAUAGCAAGCAAAGAUGUCCGUCACCAAGCCCCGCAAAAUCCUUCUACCUUCAGUGGAAGAGACAGUGCUGGUAGUUUGGUAGUUUCAGCUGAGGAUAUCAUGACCACACGCAAAGGUUCAUCAUCAGAGAUUAUUAGUCCUGAUGAGAAAAUGGCAGCCAUAACUGGCUUUUCUCCAUCAAAGGGCAGUGGCUUUUCUCCAUCAAAGGGCAGUGGCUUUUCUUGGUCACCUGAGUCUGGGGAUUCCUACACUGCUGAAAACCUUACUCGACUGGAUAUCAGAUCCCCAGAGAGAUUAGCCGGUGAGCUGUUCUUUCUUGAUGACACGAUCUCAUUUACACCUGAGGAACUAUCAAAGGCCCCAGCUGAAGUCUUGGGCAGGAGCAGUCAUGGGACAUCUUACAGGGCAACACUGGAAAAUGGGUUGUUCUUGACAGUGAAGUGGUUAAGGGAAGGAGUUGCAAAGCAAAGAAAGGAGUUUGCUAAAGAGGCCAAAAAGUUUGCAAAUAUUAGGCAUCCAAAUGUUGUAACUUUGAGAGGCUACUAUUGGGGACCCACACAGCAUGAGAAGUUAAUUCUCUCGGAUUACAUUUCUCCUGGAAGUCUUGCAAGCUUUUUAUACGGUGCUCAUAAAGCUAAUUAAAGUAUGAUGCUUAAGCGAAGAUGCAUAAUUAUGCUGUCUUUGGGGAUCUGACUGUGAAGACAUUCUACAGAUGGAAAAAGGGUGACAAUUAUCGAAUUUUCGUAACAUUGAAUUAAAGGUAUCGUUGGACUAGAGAAAGAUGUUUUCUUGGAGCCUUGUGUGAUAGAGAAUUAACUCGUGUCUGUUCCUAGCUAGGCCAGCAUAAACCAUUCUCAGGUAUAUUGGUUUUUCGAAAAUCAGCUGCUUAUCUGAAACCUUUGUAAUGCACCACUAACCUUGAUCUCAAGGAGACAAUUCUCCUUCAUUAGACUAGAGAAAGAUGUUUUCUUGGAGCCUUGUGUGAUAGAGAAUUAACUCGUGUCUGUUCCUAGCUAGGCCAGUAUAAACCAUUCUCAGGUAUAUUGGUUUUUCGAAAAUCAGCUGCUUAUCUGAAACCUUUGUAAUGCACCACUAACCUUGAUCUCAAGGAGACAAUUCUCCUUCAUUAGACAAUUCUCCUUCAUUUACUGACCAUACAUGAACCGAACCUUUAACUUUUUUUUUUCUUGUUUUACCUCCGACCCCUUCCCACCCCAACUGUCAAGUUCAAGAUUCGAACCCUGGACUUGGCAGCAGGGAGACCUCUAAAGAGCUCUCCCCCGGCCAUUGGGCCGACCCCAGUGGUUAACAAAACCUUUUAACUUCUUUGUACUCUUUGAAUAUUUCCGUAAUUAUUGUGCAUAAUUAUCUAUUUUGAAUAUUAGUUACUUAGUAAAGUAAAGAAUCAAGCGGUGGUUAUUAGAGUAUAGAAUUCAAGCAGUGUAAGCUGUUUUAGGUAGGGUUUUUAGCCGUGAAAAUCUUGAGGCUUCUUCUGACAACUGUUUUAUCUCUUUGUUUUUCUAA